AUGAUGAUGCUGCUUCUGAUGAUGAUGGUGAUGGUGACGAUGCAGGAAGCAGUCGCACACUAUCGCGUCUACAUCGCCAUGAACGAACGUGGACUCGACAGGAUCCUGGCAGCGCCGCAGUCGCCUGUGGGCACGGACUUCGGGGACGUUCCGGCCGAGACGAUCUUGCCAUACUGCGAUCAGAGUACCAACGUCCGGCCCAUCGCCUUACAAGCGGCACAGCCCACAGUGGUGUUGGUGCAUUCUGUCUCGACGCUCUCCGAGCAGACGACCCCGACAUGGAAGAAUGUCAGUGACACCAAUUUCCAGGUCACCAACGUUCAGUUGGAAGAUCUGGACUUGGAUUUCCAACAACUCGGCAUGUCAGAUGUGGAGGCAUCAUGGCAUUCACGUGGGAACGAUGUCUCAGGGUACCAGGAGGAUAUUCCGUACCAGGAAUCUCUGGUAACCCACUACAUGGUGUAUUUCGGCCGGCUGAUCUACAGCUAUGGAACCGACACAGAGGGUGACUGGUUUAUCAACACUGCCUCCAAGGACACCCCCUCAUUGUGUGGGGUUUCCCUGCUCGUUCGUAAAGCUUUGCAGCAUAUUCACGCCGCGACACACAGGUGUGCAAUCUCUCGCAAGCAAAAGGACACCUUUGUUGCUGCGGCAAUUUGGUGGCACUUCGCCACCGGCUCAGAUGCCAGAAAGCCAGUAUGA